AAAUGCAGCAUCCGCACAAACCUGCUGUCGGACGCUCCGAGCAACAAGCUGGACCGGACCAAACACUCUGCUGCAGUGCCGUACACUGGGAUUUGACGGGGAUAGCAUCGAAACGAGGUCGUUUAUCUUCACUAAAAAGGUUGGUCUGAACUGAAGUGGAGGACGGAAGAUGUCGGCGGUUUAUAAAGAUGACCAGGAGGACUGGCUGACAGUGUGCCUCAAGUACCUGCUCUUUGUUUUCAACUUUCUCUUCUGGGUGGGUGGAGCGGCUGUUUUGGGUGUAGGAAUCUGGACACUGCUGGAGAAAAGUGACUACUCGAGUCUGCUGGCAUCCAGCACUUUUGCUGUGUCGGCGUAUAUCCUUAUCCUGGCUGGCAGCCUGGUGGUGGUUACAGGCUUCUUGGGCUGCUGUGCUGUCAUCCGGGAGCAGAGAGGCUGUCUGUCCAUGUAUUUCUUCUGCCUGCUGUUGAUCUUCCUGAUUGAACUGGUGGCUGGAGUACUGGCUUACGUCUAUUACCAGAGGCUGAGUGAGGAGUUGAAGCAGCAUCUCAACCAGACUAUGACGGAGAACUACGCCCAACCAGGGAAAGAGGCCAUCACAUUAGCCGUGGACAGACUACAGCAGGACUUCAAGUGCUGUGGCAGCAACAACUCCCAUGACUGGAUGGCGAGUGUGUAUAUUUCAUCAGAGGCGGCAGAGCGCAGGGUCGUGCCCGACAGCUGCUGUAAAACCAUCACUCCACUAUGUGGCAAGAGAGACCACCCCUCCAACAUCUACAAGGUUGAGGGUGGUUGUAUUACUAAGCUUGAACAGUUCCUGGCUGACCACCUGUUGGUCAUUGGUGCUGUUGGAAUAGGAGUGGCUUGUCUGCAGCUGGCCGGGGCAGUCUUGACUGCCUGCUUUAUCUAUCUGCUCUAUAAAGAAGAAGAGGACUUCGGUACAUUGUGAUUUAGCUCUAGAGCAGCUUUGCGGUUUAAUCAACUGAAGAGACCAGAUCUGUGGGAUGGUGUUCACCAGCUGCUUGCACAGAAGGAUCAAGAUGGACCCUUACUGAGCAGGCCGGGCCCCCAAACACACCACCUUUUUAACCGGCUAAUGGAACAAGGACCUGCUGACACCAAAACUUCAACUCUGAUUCUCGAACUCUGACUUUGUGAUAUACGCCAAAUGCACAGACACGUUUCAGGUCUAUUGCAGUCGGAAACAAAUUGUGCCAUUGACCAACCAGGCUGAUUACACAUGCAGAGCAUAGCAGUUACCAUUAACAUGCUUACACAUCUUGGAUACCUGACUGUAAUCUACUGAAACAACGUGUCUGUUUGCAUCAUUGCCUCGGCUUAGGUGGAUGCUUUAGUUUGAGCAGGACAAAAGAAAAGGACAUACAUGCUCGUAAUGCAUUCUGCUCUGUUCAACUAAUGAUUUAUCAUGUUUUCACUGUGCAAAGAUUUAUGUAUUUGUGUGUUUGUGUUUUUUCCUUUUGCCAUUCCAAGGGCGCAGUGUUGAAGAAAGGUAAUUUAUGGUUGUAUCUCUUGUGAACACAAUGUGCCUCUUUCACAGUUCUGCCGGGAAAUGAUUGUGUAUUAAUUCUGUGCCUGAAAUCGUUAAAAGGGAGCUGACGAUGCACUGUGACCAACGAAAUCUAGUUUAUUAUCUUUAUAUUUGUAGUUAUAUAAAAUGGCAUUACUGAAUGUCAGACUGUAUGGUAGUUAUUUAAAUGAACAGAAAACUGGUGGUAACAUCAAAGUGUACUAAAAACACUAAGAUGUUCCUAGACAGUCCAUCAAGCAAAGGAAAAAGUGAAAGUCAUUUUCUCAAAUGGUUGCCAGAUCCCUGGAUUUAUAGCUCCAUCUAGUGGUUGGUCCUGGUCACAUACAAUACUGUGUGCUAUUAUAAGUGUACGCAGCACUAAACGUACAUACAGGUGGUGUGGAUUUAAACAUUAACACACAUUACCUUCUGUGAAGUUCAGACUAAUUUCCAUACUUUCCUAGACACACUGUGAUUUCAUUUUAUACAGUGAAGAAGCUGACUUCAGUGAGAGCCAAAGAAAGCUGCUGUGUUUUCACUGCCUAAUCUUUCACUUGCCAUCCACAUUCCCAUAGACACAUACAGUGGUGAUGAGUCUUGGCUUGGCUGUUGUGGAUUAUUAAGUUUAGUUUAUUGUUACUGUUUGAAAUAUUAAAAACUGAAAGCUCCAUUUGACACUUUUCAAUCCUUUACAACGACACAGCAUUUCCAAGACUCACUACACUGUGAAAGGACCUUCUAGCA